UUCACUUGUUUGUAAACUUCCCGGAGGAGCUGCAGCCGCCGUCGCUAGCUCUCGGCUGCUAGCUCUUAGCUAGCUGGUGCUUUGGAUCAAUAACAAUGGAUUAAAUCGACAAAUCUUUGAAAAAGAAAAACACACGCAGCCGUCAUUUACGCCCGCGACGUCAUUUGUUAGUUCGCGUGUCUAGUGGUUCGAUGACAGCGCGUUGACGCCGUCGUGUUGACAGGUCGUAGCUCGGAGCUAGCCGCCGGCUAACAGCGUUAGCAUCGAUCGGCCGAGCGUCGCAGUCAUGAUGGCGACCAGCUACAGCGCCAAGGACGAGGACGGACACAUCACGGUGACGGGGCCCGGCGGCGCCUCGCUGCGGGGCAAGAAGCCCGAGAACACCGCGUUCAAGCAGCAGCGGCUCCCGGCGUGGCAGCCCAUCCUCACCGCGGGCACCGUGCUGCCGGCCUUCUUCAUCAUCGGACUCCUCUUCAUCCCCAUCGGCAUCGGCCUCUACGUGACGUCCAACAACAUCCGGGAGUUCGAGAUCGACUACACAGGAGUCGACAUGUCCAGUCCCUGUUUCAACUGCUCACAGAACUUCAGCUGGAACAGCUCGAGGCCGUGCACCUGCUCCAUCCCCUUCUACCUGGACCAGCCGUACGAGAAUAACGUCUUUGUGUAUUACGGCCUCUCCAACUUCUACCAAAAUCACCGCCGCUAUGUCAAGUCACGGGACGACAGCCAGCUGAACGGAGACAUGGAGUCCCUCAAGAAACCCAGUAAGGAGUGUGAGCCAUACGCCUUUCAUGAAAACAAGCCAAUUGCACCAUGUGGGGCCAUCGCCAACAGCAUGUUCAACGACACCUUGGAGUUGUUUUACAACGACCCCAACGGCACAAAGGUUCCCGUUCCUCUGUCGGCCACGGGAAUCGCCUGGUGGACGGACAAACACGUGAAGUUCAGGAACCCGGGAGAAAACCACAACCUGACGGCCGUUUUCCAAGGCACAACGAAGCCGGUGAACUGGCGCCGGCCGGUCUAUGAGCUGGACGCCGACCCGCUGAACGACGGCUUCAUCAACGAGGACUUCAUCGUGUGGAUGCGCACCGCCGCCCUGCCGACCUUCCGCAAGCUCUACCGCAUCAUCACCAAGAGGGACAACAUGGUCCCGACCCUGCUGCGAGGGAACUACACCCUGGAGGUGGUCUACAAUUAUCCCGUUCGCAGCUUCGAGGGCCGCAAGCGGAUGAUCCUGAGCACCAUCUCCUGGAUGGGAGGCAAAAACCCAUUCCUGGGCAUCGCCUACAUCACCGUGGGCUCCGUCUGCUUCUUCCUGGGCGUCGUGCUGCUCGUCAUCCACCACAAGUACGGCAACCGCAACAACAACGCUGACGUCUCCAACUGAGACGAUGCUCCCGCCGCCCUCCAGCUCCGCUCCGACACGUCUGUCCUGGGAAACCUUUCACGUUGAUCCAACACGGGUUUUUUAGGAUUUGAAAUCUCCUGACGAUUUUUUGCCAAAGUGAACGGAAGAAGUGGCUAAAUAUCAGCUGCCACUGUCAAACUUAAAAUUCCUUUUUUUUCUCCAAGGUUUUCCACUGUGGUAACAUUUAUACCGGUUGUUGAACUAAACGGUCCAGAAUACGUCACGUUCACGUUGAAUUUUCAGACGCUGCCAGAAAUGGAAUCAGCGGCGCACCACCAUAAAGUGUCCCCUGUCGGUCGCUCAGUUGGUUGUGGUUUGACACUUUACCACCAGAUGGCGCAAGAAAAUUAAUUUAAUUGCACACUGGGCCUUUAAAGAGUAGAUUCCUGAAACGAUUAGUUGAUCCGUCAAUUUGACCAAAAUUAAAAAGUUUUGGUAAAAUCGGCUGAUAUUUAUUUGAUAAAUCUUCUGGUUGACUUUCUUUGUCUUCAAUGGCGGUAAUCGAGGCCAAAUAAUCAUCAAAUUAAUCAAAAAUUAAAAUAUUUGUUCCCUCCCUCGCGACCGAGGGAGGGAACACGACAGGAUCGUUGUGUUAACUCCAGUUUUGACUAAAGAAAUUUAAAGAAUUCAUUUAUAUAAUGUUUUCCCACUUUUUCCUCUUCGGACGGACAUUUUGUUUUUCCGUAGCCCGAACAGUUUUCCCAAAUCUUGGUUAAAAAAAAAGAAAUUCUGUCCAGGAACUUUUGAGUCUGGAACCUUCCAGACACCGGUCGGAGCGGAUGGUGCAGUGAAGUCGAGCUGGAGUUGUCAUCGUCGUUUUUUCUGCGAAAUUCCCGAGCUGCUGGGAACGUGAUCACCGCGCCGCUCGUCUUUGUGCCUCAUGUCGUCCGUGACGUCGUCGUCGUCCCGCUUCUUUAGAAACUAAAAUCAAGCUUUUAGCUUCUUUGCACUUGAACACGUUGCCGGGCGAGUCUCACAGUCAGAGGGAACGUGACACGUCUGGAGUUCUGGGAGCUGUACUAAAAUCACUUUACACUUUUCUUUUUGUAUUUAUUUAUUUAGAGUUUAAAGAAAAGAAAUAUUUGCCAGUAUUUUGCACGACAGACCUCAGGGGGUUCGAGUCUCAAGUGGGUGUAAAGUUUGCGGCCUUGAUUUGAGGAACGUUAAGUUAAGUGUAGAAAAAAAAAGUACAUCUUGCUGACGUAGUUUCAUUCCUCUUCGUUUACGUGCAAUAAAAAAAGAUAAUCGACGCAGCAUGAUUACAUACGUGUGAUUAAAUGUUUACAUGUUUGUCACUCAAGUAUUUCAACGUCGAGAUUUCACACGUGAAGAAAACUGUGAACGAGAAGCUGCAUGAAUAAAGAUAACACGUUGUUUAUCAUAGUUUUAAUACAUUUCAUCGCCUGCGAUGAGAAGAAGCACGAGAGUCGAUGUCUGUUUCGAUACUCAUCUGUGUCGUCGUGUUGUUGCUUAAAGAGAAUAAAAAUUUGUCAUCUAAAUGAAA